CUUUCUUUGGCUGCGAGUGGGAGAGGUUGACAGACCUGUCUUUUUUCCUCCCCAACCGUUUGUUUUAUUUCAUUUUAGUUCAGAGCCGGAGUGAAGGGCCGCUCCGUAGAUGGCCAGCUUUCCUCCGAGUGUUAACGAGAAGCUCAUUGGAAGGUCACGGACAGUAGGAGAACUCUUAGCUCCAGCUUCUCCUUUCGAUAAGAAGUGUGGCCGUGAAAACUGGACAGUUGCUUUUGCUCCAGAUGGCUCCUACUUUGCUUGGUCACAAGGCCAUCGCAUAGUAAAGCUUGUCCCCUGGUCUCAGUGCCUUAAGAAUUUCUCAUUGCACGGUGUAAAGAAUUUUGCCAAUUUAAAUCAUUCCAAGCUUUCAAGGCAGAACAGUGAUGGCGACCAGAAAAACAAGCCCUGUGAGCAAGUCAUAGAUUGUGGCGACAUAGUCUGGAGUCUUGCAUUUGGAUCAUCAGUACCUGAGAAACAGAGUCGUUGUGUGAAUAUAGAAUGGCACCGGUUCAGAUUUGGUCAAGACCAGCUUCUAUUAGCAACAGGCUUAGCCAAUGGACGCAUCAAAAUAUGGGAUGCCUAUACAGGGAAGCUCCUCCUUAACUUAAUGGACCAUACUGAAGUUGUCAGACACUUGACUUUUGCCCCUGAUGGCAGCCUGAUACUAGUAUCGGCCUCAAGAGACAAAACAUUACGAGUGUGGGAUCUAAAGGAUGAUGGAAAUAUGAUGAAAGUAUUAAGAGGACACCCAAACUGGGUGUAUAGCUGUGCUUUUUCUCCUGAUUCUUCCAUCCUUUGCUCUGUGGGAACCAAUAAAACAGUAUUGCUUUGGAAUAUGGAUAAAUACACCCUCAUCCGAAAACUGGAGGGGCAUCACCACGAUGUUGUAGCCUGUGAGUUUUCCCCGGAUGGAGCCUUGCUGGCUACUGCAUCUUACGACACCCGUGUCUACAUCUGGGACCCCCAUAUUGGAGCAAUAUUGAUGGAGUUUGGGCAUCUGUUUCCCCCUCCAACUCCAAUAUUUGCUGGAGGAGCAAAUGACCGCUGGGUCAGAUCUGUAUCUUUCAGUCAUGAUGGACUGCAUAUUGCAACACUUGCUGAUGAUAAGCUGGUUCGGUUCUGGAGAAUUGAUGAGGAUUACCCUGUGCAAGUUGCACCUUUAAAGAAUGGGCUUUGCUGUGCCUUUUCUACUGAUGGCAGUGUUUUAGCUGCUGGAACACAGGACGGAAGUGUGUAUUUCUGGACCUCUCCCAAACACAUUCCCAGCCUCCAGCAUUUGUGUCGGAUGGCUGUCAGACGGGUGAUGCCUACAAGAAAAGUGGAGACCUUGCCUGUUCCUUCUGCCAUCAUCUCUUUCCUUUCCUACCGGAGUUAGAAAAACCAUCGGAAAUGAAUAAAAGAGCAUCAGGCUUU